GAAAAAAAAUACAUUUAGUGCUUACAUGAGCCGAGAAAAAAAGGCUUUUAAUGUCAGUGCCUCCAAAUUUGCCAAAAUAUGUAGUAUUAAUGUGAAUUCUGAUAGUGAUUCAAAUGUGGAAGAAUUGAGCUCCGUAGAUAUAUCUUUAAAUGAUUAUGAUAGCUAAGAUACCAUUGAUAGUGAAAGUGACAAUGUGAAUAUUGUAGUGAAAAAUGAUAAAUGCAAAGAAAUAAAAGCUUGGGCUUUACGCAAUAGAGUGUCCCACAAUGCAGUGACUGAUUUGCUUCAAACCUUGCGAAAAAUAGGUUUAGUGGAUUUGCCCUUAACAGCAAAAAUUCAUAAAUUUUCAAAUUAGGAUUUUUAAGUAUUUAUGUACAUAUAUUUUUCUCGGCUCAUUUUAUUACAUUUUCUUAAAUUUUGGAAAAGAACUUUGAUACUGCCAAUUUUUAUUUCUCAAUUAGAUGGAAAAUAUAUUUGACGAAAUUGACUUGGAGGAUUGUCCAACAACGUCUUCAACUCCCGCAAAAGACCAAUUACAUUUAAAGCGUAAAAAGUUUAACACAUCUGGUUGCUACAAUACAGAGGUCAGCAUUUCAAAACGACCUGUGGAAGGAAACGAGGUUAUUGACAUUUUAACCACUAUUUCCAAACAGCUUGACGAUUUGACGACGAGGGUAUGCGAAACUAAAAUCGAUAAGCAUUUAAAAGAAAAUAUUAUUCAUAAAAGUGAAGAAAUGGCGCAGCAAAAAACGGUUCGUGAAUGCAAGGUCCUCAUCCGCAAAAUUCAUCAAUCGGUAUGGCGAAUGACUGGUGAAGAUGUCGACAACGUUCAAACCGAAAUUGCUUCCACCCUACCAUUAAAUACGCUUGCUGCAGCUUUGGAAAUGGACGAAAAAUUGAAAUGCGACGAAUUUGCUGCUACAACGAAACAAUUCGUUUUGAGGAUAAAAGGUACUUCAGAUAGUGUACAUGAUGUGUUGCGAAGUCUGUACACUGAUGAACUUCUUUAUUUAUGUAACUGGGACGGUAGGGGUGGGAAGCAACCUCUCUCCAAAUUCCUGCUGGUUUCCAACAUUUUAUACGAUUCAUUCAUAACGUAUGGAUAGGCAAUGUUCGAAAAACAAGUUCGAAAAGCCAUUGAAAUGAGCCACCAUAGACACAAAUAAAGAAUUUAUAGGAAGAGGAAAACUGAGAAGUGAACCCUUUAAAUAUUUAAUAAAAAGUUAUAUGUAUUUCUGAUAUUAUUAAAAAUAAUUAUUUCAAUACAUACUAGAUUUUAAGAAAGCAUUGCAAAG